AUGGCUACCCGCGCAGAAGAAUCCCACGAUGCCAUCACGGCCGUGGACACCCCGGCCCAUGGCACAGGGAGAGAGAAGGCAGCGGACUUCCUAGCCACCGUCAAAGAGGAAGAACGGACAUUCAGCCCAGAAGAAGAAAAGCGCGUUCUUAGACGCAUCGAUCUCCGUAUACUGCCUCUUCUGCUAGGAGCAUACUUCUUCCAACAACUGGACAAAUCAACGCUGUCGUACGUGUCCAUUUUUGGCCUCGUCGAGGAUGCACAUCUGCACGGCCAGCAGUACUCAUGGCUUGGAUCUAUUCUGUAUCUUGCCCAACUAGUGGUGCAACCACUUGCUGCCUUGCUACUUGUCAAGGCCCCAACAGGGAAAGUCAUCGGAACCGCGGUGCUGCUAUGGGGAAGUUCGCUGGCCAUCAUGGCAGCGUGCACGGACUUUGCCAGCCUACUAGGGCUACGACUAACCUUGGGGACAUUUGAGGCUAUGAUAGCACCCUCAUGUGUGGCCGUCACGCAAAUGUGGUGGCGUCGAGGCGAGCAAACCCUUCGGACGGCGAUAUGGAACGCGAUGAACGGGGUCACCUUUAUAGUCGGAAGUCUAUUCACGUACGGACUCGGCCACAUCUACAGCGACUACCUCUACUCCUACCAGAUAAUCUUCAUGUUCUGCGGUCUCCUCACCGUCGCCUACUCAACUCUAGUCCUAAUCUUCAUGCCCGACUCCCCCAUGGAAGCCAAGUUCCUCUCUGAACGCGAGAAAGUGAUCGCCGUGGAACGUCUCCGAGCCAAUCAGAUGGGGAUCAUCUCGCGCGAAUGGCGAUGGGAUCACGUCUGGGAGACGGCAUACGACGUGAAGACGUGGCUGUGGUUUUUUCUCAUCGUGACUAUCUCUAUCCCCAGCGGCGGUAUCAGCACAUUCGGCAACCUCAUCAUCAAGUCCUUCGGCUACGGAUCGUUCGAAACGAUCCUCUUCAACAUCCCCUUCGGCGCUAUUCAGGUCAUCGCCAUCCUAGGCGGAGGGUGGCUGGCCACGCGGUUCCAGCGGAAGGGGCUCGUGAUUGCCUUGUUUGCGGGGAUUUCUGCCAUUGGGACGUUAUUGAUGAUUGUUGUGCCAAGAGAGCAGAAGGGUGUUCUUUUGUUUGGAUAUUACUUGGUCUCCUGUCUCGCGGCCAUAACGCCCCUCGUCUACGCCUGGGAAGCGCAAAACACUGCCGGGGAUACUAAGAGGAAGUGCACUUCAGCUGUGGUGCUGAUUGGGAUGUGUGCUGGCAAUGUCAUUGGCCCCCAACUCUACUCCACCUCCCAAGCACCGCUAUAUCGACCGGGCCUUAUAUCCAAUCUUAUCCUGUUCGUGUUGGUCGCGGUCUUUGCUAUACUCGCUAAUUUAUAUCUCAUCUAUCUGAAUCGGAAGCAUGCACGACGGAGGACGGAACUGGGCAAGUCGGCUCGGAUUGUCGAUGAGUCCAUGCUUAGGAAGAAGGCUGUGGAGCAGGGGAAGGUACUUGAGGUGGAGGAUGUGAAUGUGAAUGUGAAUGUGCUGGGGGGUAACGAUAAGGGGUUCUCGGAUAUGACGGAUUUGAAGAAUGAGGAUUUUAUUUUUGUUUAUUGA